AUGGCAGGCCGUGGAAAGGGAAUUAAGGGACUCGGAAAGGGAGGAGCGAAGAGGCACCGGAUGAUUCUGCGCGACAACAUUCGCGGAAUUACAAAGCCAGCGAUUCGUAGAUUGGCGAGGAGAGGAGGCGUGAAGAGGAUAAGCGGUUUGAUCUACGAAGAAACUAGGGCAUUUCUCAGGCUUUUCUUGACAAAAAUCAUUCAUGAUGCUGUUUCAUACACUGACCAUGCAAGGAGGAAGACUGUCACUGCCAUGGAUGUUGUGUAUGCUCUUAAGAGACAAGGAAGAACUCUAUAUGGUUUCGGAGGUUGA